GACCCCAGGCCCUGCUCGACGUCCGCAACGACGACGAGCGUGCAGUCCACGAUGCCCUUUAAACAAUCUCCCAUGGCGUUCCAGUCGCCGUCGCCGCAACCGUCCAUUUUUAAGAAAAAGGCCCAUGGCAGCACGCCCAACUCGACGCCUGCCCUUUCGCUCUCCUCGUCCGCGACCUCGUCAUCCUCCGAGACCGUGCUCGAUGAUCUUGGCCUCGACUAUGACAACGGUCUGUCGUAUCCCCGCGUUCCUCCGACGUCCGAACAGGUUUUCACCACCGUGCACUCCGAGUUCGGGCACUGCGCGAACGAGAAGUACAGAUACACGUCGCAGCACCGUGCUGGAACGCAGUACAAGAGCUACCCGGAGCAGGACCCACCGUACUAUAUCCUCUUGACGACGUACCUCAGCUAUCUGAUGGUCAUCUGCCUCGGGCACUUGCGGGAUUUUGUUGGCAAGCGUCUCCAGCCCUCUCACUAUCGGCAUCUGGUUUCACAGCAUGGCUACGCUGCGUUGAACUCGGACUUUGACUCGUUUUAUACACGUCGCCUCAAGACUCGCAUUGAUGACUGCUUCUCCCACCCGGUAACUGGCGUUCCUGGCCGAACGAUGGUGCUCCUGGACCGAUACUCACCCGAUUACAACGUCACGAUGGUGCCAUCAGGCACGCGUACUCGUGGCCUCAACAUCUCGUCAUACAACUACCUCGGAUUUGCCCAGGCUCGGGGCGGGUGCGCAGAUGCGGUUGAGACGUCAAUCAAUAGAUACGGUGUCUCAGCAUGCGGCUCGCGUCUGGAGGGUGCGACACUAGACCUGCACCAGCAGGCGGAGGCACUUGUCGCACGCUUUGUUGGCAUGGAGGAUGCCCUGAUCAGUUCUAUGGGUUUCGCGACCAAUUCGACCAUCAUUCCGGCGCUGGUAGGCAAGGGCAGCCUGGUCAUCUCAGACGAGUUCAAUCACGCGUCGAUCCGGUUUGGUGUCCGCAUCAGCGGGGCCAACGUGCGUACGUUCAAGCAUAACGAUAUGCCAUCCUUGGAAGCGCUUCUUCGUGAGGUUAUUAGUCAGGGCCAGCCGAAGACACAUCGGCCGUGGAAGAAGAUACUGGUUAUUGUCGAAGGUCUGUUCUCGAUGGAGGGCACGCUCGCCAAUUUGCCUGUGAUUAUGGAACUGAAGAAGAAAUAUAAGUUCAACCUAUUCGUCGACGAAGCGCAUUCGAUCGGUGCGCUCGGUCCGCAUGGCCGGGGUGUUGCGGACUACUUUGGCGUCAACCCGCGCCAAAUCGACAUCCUCAUGGGCACAUUCACCAAGUCGUUCGGGGCUGCUGGCGGCUACAUUGCUGGCAGCAAAGCGCUUAUCGACCGUCUACGCGUUCACGGACACUCUGGCUGCUACGCAGAAGCAAUGACACCGCCCGUGUUGACACAGGUGAUCGCUAGCACGGCGAGCAUCAUGGGCAUCUCUUCGGCACCGGAGAAGUCGAGUUCGUUGUCAUUAACUGCCCGCUCGGAUGCGAUUAACCCGGAGCUCGAGAUGGAAGCGUACCCUGGAAGGGCACCCCUUUCGAUACUGCCCGCAUGGAUGCCGAUCACGCCUUCCAUGGCAGAUGGCACUGAUGGCAAGAUGCGUCUGCGGCGGCUGGGGUUCAACGCGCGGUACCUCAAUCGUGGCCUGCGCAAGCUCGGUUUCAUCACAUAUGGGCAUGACGACUCGCCAGUCGUCCCACUGCUGCUAUUCAAUCCGGGCAAGAUGGCCGUCUUCAGCCGCUUGAUGCGCACGCGCCAGGUCCCAAUCAUCGUCGUCGUCGUCGCGUACCCCGCAACGCCGCUGGUCACUUCGCGCGUGCGCUUCUGCCUCAGUGCCUCGCACACCAAGGAAGACGUCGAUCUUGUGCUCACUGCAUGCGACGAGAUCGGUGACCUGCUCGACUUGAAGCAGGGAUCUGGCGAGCGGUGGUCACUGCAAGAAAUCACCGACCGGGCGGUUGAGCUCGUCGGUAUGCCUGAGCUGGUGUAGUGGCUUUGGUACGUAUGCGAGUAACGUAGGGAACAGUAAUGACUUAUGGUUGCUUACGGUUGCGACGUAUGAACCCGCACUAAUGGCUACCGUUACGAAGAGUACGAACUAAACCUCCGCGUAUUUAUGUAAUUCGUUGUGCUCCAGGUGCUUUCUCUCGUUUCCGCACCUUGAGGUGUUUCGUUUCGCCAACCUCGUCUGUAGAUAUACUCUUCGAAUCUAGUCGCGUACCGUACCCAUGUACUUGGCUGUCCUGUGGGCAGCUGUGUGCUAAUAGAUGAUGUCUUAUCUUUGCGU